AAUUAACAGGCUUUAUUCCCUGGUUGCAUGGAGACUCCCUUUCUCUCUCUCCCUCUCUCUCUCUCUUUCUCUUUCCAGGUGGAGUUUUCAUUCCCCUAAGGAUGGAUAUCAUUCUCUGGCAAAGAAAAAUCCACACCUCUUUCUCUCUCUCUCUCUCUCUCUCUCUCUCAUACUCACACACGCGCACGCAUACACACACACAUACACUCACACACAGAGGGAGAGUCUUUCAGUGCACUCCCAGCAUCUGAGCUCCUGCUUCUUUCCCUCCUGGAUGUGUGACUUUCCCUGCAAUUUCUUUCUAUUACAGCUCUGAACCUGGAGAAUUUUUUUCUUUAUUAUUAUUGCUCCUUUUCCCUUGCACAUGUAGCUGUGCCUGGCAGCUCUCUCAGCUCCCAACUUCAUGCUGUGUGCUAGAAUAGAGAGCUAUUUCCAAAGACUAGAAUCACCCAGCCCUCCUCCUGCUUCCAUUCAAAGAGACACAGAAGCCAAGGGAGGGGAACGGGCUGUGAUGCCUAUUACCUAUGAAGAAAUCAGCUGGUGCCUUUCUCUGUCUGGUCUUCCUCCCUCUUCAGUUCCAGGACUUUGAGCAGCUACAGCCAGUAGCUGCAGGGAGAUGCAGCUGACUAAAGAUGCGAUGAAUCCCGUAACCAGCUCCAAGGCUACCUGACAGAGGUCAAUGGCUGCUUAGCAAGGGGCUGCAUGAUUAUGCAGAUAGAUCAACAUGCCUCUAGCAGACUGGUUUCUUCGCCACUCAGUUACUAUGUGGGUGCUCCUCCAGAGCUUUGUUCUGAUUGCUUUUUGCUUCCAUUCAGCUACCACUUUCCCAAAGGGUUGCUACCAUGCAGAAGAAAAUGGCUACAAAACCAUCCGCUGUAGCAAUGCUCAGCUUGUGGAGAUCCCUAAAGACAUCCCCAAUGACACCAGAAAGCUCUUCCUGGACUUCAAUCACAUCACUUUCCUCCCCCAUGAUGCCUUUCGGAACUUGCCAUUAUUGCUGGAAUUGGAUCUGUCCCACAAUGCCAUUACCAGGAUGGAGAUUGGGGCUUUCAGGGGCCUGUUGGAGAACUUGCAUUCCUUGGACUUGUCCUCAAACAAGCUGGUGUCAGUCAACAAGGACGUCUUUAGCAACCUGAAGGCCAAGGUCAAUCUCUCCAGCAACCCUUGGCUGUGUGACUGUAAGCUCCAGGAACUGAUUGGGAAAGUAGACCUGAUGGUUGGCUCCUCAGGGGGCAUUGUAUGUGAUUCCUCUGCCCAGGAGGAGCAUGUUGGCAAACCAUUCCUGCAACUGAUCACAGAUAUGGACUUCUGCAGUGUUUACAAAAGGACCACAGACAUAGCCAUGCUGGUCACCAUGUUCGGCUGGUUCGCCAUGGUGAUCUCAUACUUGGUGUACUAUGUCCGGCAGAACCAGGAAGAUGCCCGGCGUCACCUCGAGUACUUAAAGUCCUUGCCUAGCAAGCAGAGGAAGUCAGAAGAGUCUUCCACCAUCAGCACAGUGGUGUGAUUGACUAAACUUUCCCUCUCUGCCACAUCCCACCAAACUGAGGUACCCAGAUGAAUCCAUGGACAGACUGCCACUGCAUUUAAUGGGCUUUCUCUCAGCUCCAGGGACAUGCAAUGUUAUUAAACAUAAUCAACAACAACAACAAUAAUAAUAAUAAUAAUAAUAAUAAUAAUAUUUUUUUUUAUCUCUGGAAAAUAACAGAUGGCUUCAGGAGACCCAGCCUAGCCCACCCAUGUUUGCUCAAAACAAAAUGGGAGCAAAAGUGGCUUGUUUUUUUUCCAAGAUUUUGCAGGACAAGAGCCAAGAUGGCUCCAAUACUGAACAAUUAGCAAGUAACGAGUGGAUGCAGGAGGGAUUUGGGCAUCUGUUUAUUGUGCUGAGUUCAAGUCCCAGUUGGGAUGACUUAUGGUGAAUGAAGUGUUAGGGAGAAGUUUUUUUACAGAGGGAAAACAAAAGAAACAUGGAGUGUUCUUCUCAAACAUUCAGUAAUUACUCGAACUAGUCCCCUUUCAGCUGUUAAACUUCAUUUUAAAAGUGUUUUAUUUACUUUACAGAAAUCUAUCAGGGCAUUUUUAGAAAAUCAAUGUUUCAGCUACUUUCUGGCUUCUUCCUUUGCUGUCAGCAAGGGAUGUUUCCAGCAACCCUGGGAAAACCCUGUGAUAUUGCAGAAUACUUGAAAAUUGGAGAAUAGUAUUUUAGCUGAACUGUACACUUCUCUUGGCUUUGAGGAAUGCUGUGCAUCAGGUUUAAGGCAGAUCUCAAUUGCAGGAGAGUGGUAUGGGCUAAUCUCCAUCAGGAUCAUGAAUUCAAACUGUACUUAAAACAUUGUUUCCUUCUUCCUUCUAAGGGCCAGUAAAUUCAACAGGAGCAGAGUUUGUUCAGCUUCUCCAAAGCUUUGGCCUUACGAGAGAUGCAAAGAAGAAAGGGAUUCUGUUCUUAGAGAUGGCUGAAUCUGUUAGGAUAAAAUAAAAACCUUUCCCUGCCCCUAAAAUGCUCCCCCUCCCCUUCACCCCAACCUUUCUUGUAGAAGCAAAUCAGAAAUGAACUCGUCAGUGUUCUGGAAUGUUUAUUAUACUUUCACGGACUGGAACUAGAUAAUGUCAAAAUGCCAUGUGAAAAGCCAUUCUCACAGCUAGCUUAGCCAUAGCAGCCACACUGAAAAUUACCCAAGGGAACUUGCCCUUAUGAGAUUUUUCCCCUGUCUACAGGCCAGAAGAGUCCCAUUUUGAGGCUUGGAUGCAGUCAUGGGCAGGAGAUGCACACAGCAGGUACAGGUACUUGAUUGAACCCUGUCCUGGUGUGUGAUUUGGCACGUGCAGUGAGAGAGGGAAUGCUUGAUGGUAUAUGAGCAUCUCUUUUUUUAAUGUAUGGGUGCCAGACCUGAAAAAUGAAUAGAUUGAGCCUGAAAUCUUACCCACCCCACCACCUGCCCUCCAUCCCAAUUGUAAUGUUGUGCAGUGAUUAAAACUGUAGGGUUUGGGGAAGGGCUUUCUGUGGUUCAACCCUUUACAAGUCAGCCUGCCUCAUAGCAAGUCAUUCUCCCAGCUCCUUACACAUAAUCUGUGGCUUUUACUUCCCCAGUGGCUAUUGGUCAUGGCCGAAAGACCUUGCAUUGAACUGGGGGUAUUCCUCACCAUCCUGCACUUAAUGGCCACCAGAAGAAAGGACUUUGGUCAUCGUGUUUACCUUAGGACUCACAAGUUUGUCGACCUAUCACUGUGACAACAAGUUGGGAGAAGGACAGAUGCAGUGUGUUAAAAUAGGAAGCCACGUUAAGUUCUCUCUCUGUCCCCCUGCUGGCAAGUGGUCUCAAGCUCUCCUAACUCAAGAAAAAACCCAACAGCUCUUCUCUGCAUUUUCAGUAUUGGGCUAUAACAUUCUCUCCUUUUGUGUUGAGAAACAAUGCUAUAACUUUUUGUGAUUAAAGAGGGUCCUGAACCGUGAUGUUUUAGAGCUCAAUUGGCUUGUCUCCCAGGCUUAGGUUAUGUGUAUGUGCACAUUUGGAUCAGAAGUUUUGAUUUGGCCUUUGAUGGGAGGAGGAGAGGGGAGGGUGUCAGCUGCUAAGUUUGAAUCCAGAUUCAGCUGGUCUUUAAAGAAAAGAAGGUCACUCAGAACAAAAAUCUUAAAAGUAACAGCUGGACCUAUUGCCGGUCCAAGAGGAAAAAGCCACACAGCUGUUUUGCAUGGUUCAUCCAUCUUACACAAACAAGAUAAAUUGCCAUAAUGCAACGAAGGCAUGGAAUACAGCUCCUUGAAGUAAGGCUUUGCCCUGAUUUUAGUAGACUUUGAAUCUAGCCCCAAAUCUCCCCCCCUUGCUUAUGUAGUUCUGAAAGCAACCUGACAAUAUAUUAGACCGUUUUAUUGCUAUUAUUAUUACUAUUACAGACAGGCUUUCUGCUGCAAAAUCUGGAUUCAGAUCCUAAUGAAUUAAUUUUUGCAACACUUGGGAUGUUUAGCUAUGGGGCCUCGGUUCAGAUCCUUCUUUAUUUUUUUCAAUCACCUGUUGAGAUCAAAUUAUCCAGAAUUGUCAACAACAAUCUUUGAAUAUUGGGAGAGCAUGAGACGGCAAAUCUUCAAAUGAUGUGGAAGAGAUUUAGAGGCAGGAAGCAGCAGAAGGUCACUUGGUGCUCCUGAGCAGAACUGAUAUCCCACGCACAAAUGGCCUCCAAGCUCAGAUACAGUCAGAGCUGCUCAGAUAUAUUUAGAAGUGCCUACUUUCCAAACCUUUCCAGGUUUCCUGCACCACGCACAAACAUCUUUUGAUACUGUCUGAAGGCACCUGUGUGCUUCCCCUGGGCUGCGCAUUGACGGCAAUGACCAUUGAACAAAUUAUUCCUUUUUAGAUCGAUGCUUUGUCCUGCAUGGAAGUGUGAACGUGGCUGAUUAAAUGAAAUAGAUUGUUCAUGUGACAAAUGAGAACCAAACAUGAAUGAACUGCAUAUUCUACCCCUUCCCCUCACCACAUCCACAUGCACACGCACUCCACAUUCCCCUCAUGUCUAUGCUCUGUUACCAAAUCCCAGACGAAUUCUCAUCUGCUGGGUUGCCUGGUUUAAAACACUGAGGUCAGGGCAUCCUCACCAAGUGGGAGAAUGUUUUGAUAACAUCUGACUAAAUGAUGUGUUGUGUUUAAAUCGGCCUUUUACAUUCUUACUUUAUAUGACAAUAAAGUUGACUUUUACUUUGGA